AUGGAGCCUGUGCUUCUCCAGCUCCUGCUGCUGCUCUGCUUAGCACCACAGCUGGUGCUUGGGAGUCCCAAACGGCGCUUCCUGAAGUAUAUCUUGGAACCUCCACCCUGCAGAUCGGCACCUGAAAGCUGCACCCAAAUAUGUACGAUGCAGGAAGAUUGCACAAAAGGUCUUCAGUGUUGUUCUGCUUUCUGUGGGAUAGUCUGCUCAAGGAACAGAGCCCCAAAGAAUAAGAGAGUAAGGUCCAAAUGAGGUCUCAGAAGACUCGCAUGGUAGGAGAGUCAACCAGUGAGCUCCAGGAAGGAAGCCUGAGUGUCUUCUGUGUCUAUUCCCUGCCCGAGGACAAUCCAUACGCAGAGACAGUUGCAGAGUGACUAAGGAUGGGCUCUGAAGCUAAAUACCUGGGCUCAAAUCCAGGCUUUCCCACUUCCUACUUAUGUGGCCUUGGAAAAGUAACUUAACCUCUCUCUGGACAUCGGCUUCCUCAUAUGUAGGACCUGAAUAA